CCCUAUAUCUUUUCACAACAUAAUGGAUCCCAUGGUACGGGAUAAGGAGUGUGAAGGAACGGGGGAAACACAAUCCGGCAUGUCCAUGUGGUUGUAGCAUUCUCCGUCAGUUGAGUGAGGUGUUCGGUCUAUGCUGAACCUUUUCAGACAAUCUGGUAUUAAGGUUUCCCGGUUGUCUGCUCAAGCGUUGUUUCACACAGAGAGAGACGUGGUAGCAGAGCUAGAAGAUAUGAAGCUACAGUCAGUGGUAGGACUUUUGCAUCAAUAUGCUUCACCUAAACUGGCAGGGAACUGGGACAAUGUAGGACUGCUGGUGGAGCCAACAGAUCCACAUGAGGUGAAAAGACUGUUCCUAACAAAUGACCUCACACCUCCGGUGUUGGAUGAGGCUAUUGGAGAGAAAGCUGAUAUGAUCUUGUCCUACCAUCCUCCACUGUUCUCCGCUGUGAAGCGACUCACUCAGGCUAAUUGGAAAGAUCGUGUCAUAACAAAGUGUAUAGAAAAUCGGAUAGCAGUAUUCUCGCCACACACUUCCUAUGACGCUCUAGAUGGUGGAGUUAAUGACUGGCUUAUAAGUGCUUUUGAUUUACAGGACAAAAGUCCGAUUGAGCUAACAGAGAUGCCAAAUAAAAAAUUCAGUAAGAAGAGAAUCUUCACUGUACCAAAUGAUCUGGCUCCGAAACUUGUGCAAGGACUUUCAAGCAUAAAGGGAACGGUUACCACAUCAAUAGCAGUUGAACCAGACCUGGUCCAGAUCAGCUUCCUUGGUAACCAGGAGAAUGCCUCUGAUGUGAUGGCUGUCAUAGGAGAUCAUCUGAAGGCCAUCAAGUCAGUGGAAUCAUACGACCUUCAAAAGGUUGUAUGGCCUGGCUAUGGUAUGGGAAGGAAAGGUACCCUGAAGGAGCCACUGUCACUGGAGGAUGCUGUAUCUAUUGUAAAAAAACACACCAACUUGAAACAUGUACGACUGGCAAUCUCUCCAGGAGAGUCUGUGGUUAAGAGUGUGGCUGUAUGUGCUGGAUCUGGAGGAAGUGUCUUAAGAAAUGUCCCAGUGUCUCUUUAUGUCACUGGGGAAAUGUCCCAUCACGAGGUACUCCAUGCUGUACACAGUGGGACUAGUGUGAUUCUUUGUGACCAUAGUAACACAGAACGAGGAUAUCUCAAUGUGCUCAAACAGGAACUUAACAGAUUAUUUAAGGAGAAAAUUGACAUUGUUAUUUCUAGUAAAGAUCAAGAUCCUUUGGAAAUAGUUUAACUGAAUCCUAAUUUUGAAAUAAAUGAUUGUUCACACUAAA